AUGCAAGAGCUAGAGCGGGGGACGAAAGGUGCUGAGGAAAACAUGCUGCAGUGCCAGCGCCGCCUUGAAGAACAAAUUAUGAAGAACCGUAAGCUCCAGACUAUUUUGGAAGAGUCGGACUUUCAUCUAAGGACCUUAAAUCUUGACAUUGAUGUGGGAGAGGUUGAUCUAGAUGUUCUUAGGAAUGGAUUUCAGAGUAUGGAAAAGCGCUUGAAGGUAUUGAGCUCUAAAUUCUUUGAGAGCUCAACUACUACCGAGCCAUCCAAAGCUCAUGAAAAUACAGAGCACGUCCGGACGAGCAAUUAUGGUCCCCUAUCUCAAUCGAUCUUUCCUCUCUCAUACGCCAAUAUUAUGUGCCCUCGGGAGCUCCUAGCUCAAUCAAUCAUCGCCAAUAGACUAUCCGCCGACAUACUCACCCCUGUGUGUUUACCAUCGCCGAUGGGGCGCAUGGGUAUAGGAGAGGCACUGGAAAGAUCUUCCGCGAUUCGCCCCCGCCAGAAAGCUAUACUGCGGUCGCUCCUGGUCACCGCGUUUGAAUCAGAAGAAGUCCGGUUGCGGAAUGAACUUCUUACUACAGCUGUUUCAGAUAUCUCUCAUGAGUUGGAACCACUACUACAAUCCCAGGAAAUCCAGAAUCUCAAGGAAGAGCUUCACAGAUUCUUCGUCUUCGCUGCAAACGUGUGGAAACCCGUGCAAAGGUCUCAAAGAUGGCGAGAGAUGCACGACUUCGGAAUUCCCGCUGUCAUCUAG